GGCCCAGAACAGCACAGCACUGACAGGGCAACAAUCUUCCAAGUUGUGCAAAUGUCUACCAAGGCUACUGAGAAAAUGCAAAUCACAACAGAGCUGAUUGAUCAGACGGAGACCAGUCUGCUUGAAUGCAAAGUGUGCUUUGAAAAAUACAGCCAGCAGAAAAAACAACGGCCAAAGAACUUACCAUGUGGACAUGUUAUGUGCCUGGAGUGUGUCUUGUCUUUAGCUCACCCCCGCAAUUUCAAGUUGGAAUGUCCUUUCUGUCGAAGAGCUUGCAAGUCUUCUGAGACCAGUGACUGCUUACCUUUGUUACACCUGAUGGAAAUCUUGAACCCUUCAGUUAAUAAUGCUCUGGUUCCAGGAAGGAAAAUUGGAAGAGGUGAGGAUUUGGCUACAUCAGUAUCUCAAGUCUUAACAUUCAGUCUUUCUUUUGGAGGAUGGGGGACACUGAUCAAUCCAACAGGCAUCGCUGUGUGUCAGAGGUCUGGCUGUGUAGCAGUAGCUCACGAUGGCAAGAAGAGGAUUAAGCUGUUUACUUUCAAUGGAAGCUGCAUACAGCAAUUUGGAGAAAGAGGAGAGGCAGGAAAUGACAUCAGGUAUCCGACCGAUGUCACAGUCACGUUGGAUGGGCACAUCGUUGUCACCGACAGUGGGGACCGUUCUGUCAAAGUGUUUGAUUUUAAUGGCAGAGGCAAGCUAGUAAUCUCAGAAUCUUUUUGUUUACCAUGGGGUCUGGAUACUAUGCCUCAGAAUGAUAUUAUCAUGACUGAUUCAGAUGCAGGUGUUUUGUACCGCUUGACAGCUGACUUUAAAAGGGGGGAAUUAAAGGGAGUGAAAAAGAUGUGUUCUAACUUGUGUAACCCAAGAAAGGUGGCUGUUUCUCAGACCUCUGGAGCUAUCACAGUAAUAGAGCAUAUGAUGGGGAAAGGUCCAAGCUACAGCAGCAUACGAGUGAAAAUCUUCAGUGCAGAUAUGAAGUUCAUUAGUCAGGUGGACAGUUUUGGCCUCAGUCUAGUAUUUCCUUCCAAAAUCAGUGCCAGUGCCGUAGCCUUCAGCAGGGAGGGUCAUAUAAUAAUAACGGAUGCCUAUAACCAAGCAAUAUUUUGCCUUGGAAAACCUGAAGAGUUCCCUGUAUGUAAACCCCUCGUUACCCAGGGUCUGUCUUACCCUUUGGCCCUGACUUACACAGAAGAUAAUUCUCUGAUUGUCUUAGAUAGUGGAGAUCAUUCUUUAAAAGUGUAUACCACUAGCUGAUAUAUACGCAGGAUGCUUUCAUACAGCCCAGAACAAACUGAAAUGGUCCACAAAGAAAGUAUAUGGUGGUUCUUUAUGCAGAACUCCCAGACUCCUGUGGGAAUUGCUGGUACGUAUGAGUCCUAUGGAAUCCAGUCUACCUGAUGUGGCUAAAGUCAGCUGUGCUCAUAGGAAUUAUUGCAGUAAGCUGUAUAUGAACAACUCAAAUCCUUUCUGUGUUAGGUUAUGGACAAGAACAGUUUCUCCUGGGCGAUAGAUUGUUCCUGUGAAAGCACUCUUUCAUCUAGACUGCAUGGCCCUCUAUGCCAGCAAAUUAGUGUUUAGGAGGAUAGACAGCAACUUCUGCAUUAGUAUAAGGUCAUGAUUUAUGACACUGCACUGCCAAUUGUGAGCUGGCCCAGGAAAUGCCACACUGGAACAGUUGGUGCUGCUACACUGGGAACAGCUGCGGUCACCAGACGCAUUACAAUGUCAUUAUAUAAAGCAGUUAAGCAGAACAAAAUGGGGCAAAGAAGGAGCAUGUUGGGGCCAGGAUGGUAGUAUGCAUAGGGAUGAUUCAUUUCUGUGUCAGCAUAACAUUAUUUCACACAGUUUGGAGCCAACUUAGCUGGUGCAGACUUGCAUGCCUAGGAUGAACAGUGAAGCCUUUUCAAUAGUGCUGCACAGGAUGCACUUUUUGUGGGACAGAGCUGCAGCUGCUUCUUUGGCCUCACACGGGUCUCUGUAUCUACCAAUGUAUAUUGCUCCAAUGCACUUUUGUAACGAUGCAGAUCUAUAUAGGGGCUGACUGCUGAUUUCAUCACAUUAAUACAAUUCCAUUGCAGAUUUAAAAGAACCGUGAUUUAAUUGUAUAUAUCUAUGUACAUAAAGCUGCUUGGGCCUCACUGACUCACUGACUGACAUGAAACUCCCAGACCAAACCACAAAAGAUAGAAACAUGCCAUUUUUGCAAGUAGGUUCCAGACCUCGCCCAAAAAACGGGAAAAGAGAAAAGAAAAAACCUGGGGAAAUUUAUUCAGUUCCCAGAUAAUGCAGAAAAACUGUCGCACUGGAAAAGCAUUAAUUAGAAUUAGGGUUCAAACAAACUUUGGCAGUUUUCUUGGGUACUUUUAGACACAGCAAGUCCAAACUUUGUGGUAUGAGAGGCACACUUGCAAAGUGCAAGCUGUUUGAUUGGUAUAUCUAUAUUAUCAUGCUAAAUCUCUUCUUUGGAUGAAUGUGAAGGCCAGACUACAAGCUAUAUGCUGUUGCAUGUAUCUUUUCUUUGACAUUUUAUUUUGUUAAUGAAAAAUGGCCCCCAAUACUUCAAGUGGCUGGAAGAGAGAAGCUGAGCAGUCCUCCUAUUUUCAUUCUUCCACUGAGAUUUGUAAUCUUAGGGGACACUUUCAGUAAAAACAAAAGAAAGAUACACAUAAAAUAAAAGAUACACAUGGUGGCAUAUAACAUGUAUUUCGGCCCUAAUAGUCAUAAUCUUUGACCAUUUUUAUUCUAGGAUAUCCAGAUUGGGGUCGGGGGCUCAUAAAUUAUUCCCCUUCUUAUUACUGGGAACUACUACAACGGAUGACCAUUCUUCUUGGAGCAUACUCAUUGCAUUAAAAACAGCCAAUCUGCCCUACCACUGUAUCUUCUCCCCCUGGGAGCUUCUCCCCCAGCUUAGGGCCACUUCUGGGACACCAGAUAGCUAAUCACUUAUUGUGCUAUAGAAGCAACCAAUGAUGCAUCUACAAAAGACCCCUGCUAACUUGGCAAAGAGGCACCUUUUAAUGUGGUGAUUCUCUUUAUUUAGCAGGUGGAGAGAGACUGGCCAUAUCCACCCGCAGCACAGUACCUCCAGUGACUGUUGCUGGUGUCUAUCUUAUGUUUCUUUUUAGAUUGUGAGCCCUUUGGGGACAGGGAUCCAUCUUAUUUGUUUGUUAUUUCUCUGUGUAAACUGCCCUGAGCCAUUUUUGGAAGAGCGGUAUAGAAAUUGAAUUAUUAUUUUAUUUUUAUUAUUAUUAUUAUUAUUAUUAUUAUUAUUAUUA